UCUGAAAGUCAAUCUGAGGUUCGUAUUCCUUGGGCGAAAGGACGUCGCGGUGGAGCGGUCUGAGUCCAGCGAUGAACGCGACCGAACAGAAGCUGGCGGAGCUGGUGCGCGAACACCCGAACCUUUACGACCAGUCGCGGCGGGACUACAGGAACAGUGUGAAAGGACACUUAGCGUGGAAAGAAAUCGGGGCCGCCAUGGGCAAGUCCGAAGAAGAGGCGAAGCUGUUGUGGAAAAAUUUGCGUGACAAGUUCUGUAAAGCAAGAAAGCGACUGGUCAGGAGACAGUUCCCCCAGCAGGAAGAAGGCGACAUCCCGUGGGAGAUGCAAGUCCCGGGGCUGUUUAGCCAGAUGGCCUGGCUCACCUCACAUGUUAAACUGCGGGCGGAGGUCGCAGAAGGCAUGGGGGAGCUAGAAGAGACAACUGUAAGAGGGGACGACCUGGAAAAAGAACAAGAGGAAGACAAGAAGAGGCUGCUGGAUGCCCUUCCAGUUGUCACUACCAGUUUUGCUGUUGCAGAGCCCACUCCAAGCUCCCUAAAGAUCAUUGAACCAUCUCCUAAACGCAGAAGACAAAUAGCCACAGAAACUGAAAUAAGCUCUGCAGACAUGUUCAGCAGUUUCAGAGAUGAGGAUGAACUGUUUUUGCUCAGUCUGCUACCCUCAUUGAAGAGGCUCACCAUUAAAAAAAGGAUGGAGGUCCGGAUGAAGUUCCAGCAGGUGCUUUAUGCAGCAGAGUUUGAGGACUGAACUCUGGCUCUGGAUCAAUAUUCUAACUAUACAGUCCCCCACAGACAAUUAACUUAUUUAUAGCUGUUCCAAGUUGUUUAUAAUUAUUUUUGUAGUAUUAUUAGUAUUUCUAAUGUUUACAGCCUGGGCAAAGGGACAGAGAAAAAAGAUAAAAUCUUGAUUUUUGUUGGACUGCCUUAUCUCUCAUGAAUAAAAAUAGUAAUUUUGAUUUGAUUUACUUUAGAUGUAAUCUCUAUGUGAUAAAGGGUCACACUGGUUCUUCCACGCCAGUUCUGCAUAGCUUACGGCAAACAGGAUUUUUAUUAAACAUGUUAGAAUUGAACAGUCAAGCAUAAAUACUCCAAUGAAGCACUAGUUAUGCCUUCUCAUUAUGAAGUAUUGUGCCUAUGUUUUUUUUUUUUAAAUCUAAUAUAAAAAAUCUAAAUUUCCUUUUUACUCGGACGUAUACAGUGCCUUGCAAGAAGUUUUCCACCCUUCUAUCACAUUUUUACUACAAUUCUUUUAUGUUUUAUGCAAUAAAUAAAUGCACAUAUAUA